ACGCGCGUGAGAAGUUCAUGAGUUGACCGUCGCUUUGCUCAUCGUAGGUCUAGUAGUGCUACUUUUAUUUUGUUGUGAAUUUUACGUCAUCCUUUUAUGUUUCAACUGAUCCGAAAGUGAAAUCCCUGCGUUGGGCGGUUAAGUGCUGACACUGGAAUCUUGUGACAAUAGCGAAAACGGAGAAAGCCGGCGUGCUGGUGGGAGCGACCAGUCCCCGAAGUUUUUGACAGUUAUCAGCUCAGAAAAGAGUGGCCGCCCUGGGCGCCUUUGCCAUCGUACUGUUGGGAUAGUCGAUCAGAAGAAAGUGUCUCCUUUGGAAGGAAAAUGAAGGAUGGGAAGCCGGAAUCCCAAAUGAACGGCCUGCCGGAGGAAAGCGGUCCCAUCAACGGAGACAGCGACCUGGACGCCACAAAGCCCGAACAGGGAAAGACAGUGCGUGUGGCCGAAACUUCGAACGUCGCUCAGCGUGCCUCCAAUCGCAAGGGCCAGGCCGCCAAGACAAACAGCGGGGGCGCGGUGAACGCCUGCCCCAGAGGUGCGCCCCCCGUCACCAACGGCGCCCUGCCACCAAUGCUGCCCACACCCGCCGCCGCUGUGUACCCGACGGGCGCCGCGCACGUCAACGGGGGCAAAGUGUUACAGGGCCCUCCUCCGCCACUAGCCCUGGGACCCCCCGCGGCCCUGGGCCCCGCGCUGAGCCCCGCGAUGGGACACCACCAUCACGGCAACAUGGGCCACGGGUCACCUCAGGCAGCGGCCGCCGCGGCGGCCCAGUAUCGCGCCGCCAACGCGGCUCAGUUCAUCCCGCGGCCCGCCGCAGCAGCGCAGGCGCAGUACCCGCCACCGGCUGCCAACUUCGCUCAGCAUCCAACGGUAAGCCCCUAUGAAUCCUGGCAACAUCUCCUUCUCGCUCAACAAGCGUAUCAGCAGCAGCAGCAAGCGGCCAACCGAGUGCCAGCCAAUUCUCCGCCUGCGUCCAGCAUCAACUCCGGUGGAUCUGCAGGCAGCUCAUCGGGUGGGGAACAGCUCAGCAAGACUAACCUGUACAUCAAGGGCCUCACUCACAACACCACGGACAAGGACCUUCUCAACCUCUGCGCCCCGUAUGGGAAUAUUAUCUCUACGAAAGCAAUAUUGGACAAGGACACGAACAGGUGCAAAGGCUAUGGAUUUGUAGACUUUGAAUCACCACUUGCUGCAGAGGCAGCAGUGAAGGCGCUGCAGAGUCAAGGCGUGCAGGCACAGAUGGCAAAGGCCAUGUCCCUGCAGCAACAAGAACAGGACCCAACGAACCUGUACAUUGCCAACCUACCCUUGUACAUGGUGGAGCAAGAUCUGGAGCAAAUGCUGUCCACCCACGGAAACGUUAUAUCCACUAGGAUCUUACGGGACAACACCUCGCAGUCGAGAGGGGUCGGUUUUGCUCGCAUGGAGUCUAAAGAGAAAUGCGAACACAUCAUUGCUGCGUUUAAUGGCAAAACUCUUCACGGCUCCAAGGAGCCACUCCUGGUGAAGUUUGCAGAUGGUGGAAACAAAAAGAGGACGUUGUACAAGAACCAUGAACACAGAAUGUGGCGAGAUGGAGAGGGAAUUCCUUUAACUUAUGACCAAAGUGCGAUAUCGCAGAACGGUGUUACACAGCAGCUCCUUCCUGCCCUGGGCAGCUACCAGAGGACGUACUCAACUGCACCAGUGUCGACGUAUGCACUGCACGGCGGCACCACAUGGGUCCACCCGACCCAGUACAUCAUGCAGACACCACACAUGACCGCAACUCAGAUGAUCCAGUCACCACUGGAGCCCAUCACACAUGCCUACAGCCACGUGUUGCCACAAAUACAGGCUCAGAUGUCUCAGCUCCAGUUGUCAAGUGCUUCGUACAUGCCCGGUGGCCAUCCGUAUGGGAACCCUGCAGCUGCAGCAGCUAUCUAUCAGCAACCACCUCAACUUGUCCAGCCUAUUCCUCUAAGUGAGGAUCCUUCUAAUGGAGGCAUGACUGUGAGCAGUGGUGGACCUAAUGGAGAUGAGCAACAACAUCAGUAUCAAUCUUACCCACAGGCUAAGUGAUGAAGUACGAAUUAUCAGAUCUGAUUACUUUGGAAACUUGGGAAAAGCAGCCCUGCAAGAAAACGACACACAAGCACAUUCACUUUGACACGUAGCAACAACGACCUUCGUUGUGCUAUCAAUUAUUUGGUCUCUACGGGCACAUCUCUCUCUCGAGAGAGAGAGAUGCCUCGACCAAUCAGGUAGAAGCGGGUGUGCCUCUUGCAAGAGGCAUUUUGUGAUGUGUGUCGAGUCGCUCGAUUGGGCGAGUCGGGCUGCUGUGUAAAAAAAAAAAACACUCGACUUAGCUUUUUUGUUAGUUUUGACCCCGUUUCAGAGAAUACUUUUAAUAUAAGUGCCCCCCUCCCAGCCCCCCGCUACCUUAAACCCUAUGGGUCUUUGGGAAAUCGACAUUGUCUCCGACGUCUCGUUGUAGGAGUACGGCGAUACUUCCUUUUUCCUGUUGUGACGACGUUUUCUUAUGUGUCUUCAUUUUUUUUUCUGAAGGUGGCUUCCAGUUUUACGAGAUGAUUUUAUUGUUUUAUUGCUUUACGUUCGGGGGGACCGGCACUCGUGCGGUUCCCAAGAAAACGCUGUUAUGAAAACCGUAAGUUUUAGUCUCGUUUAAGGUGACAGGCCGAGCUGACGUGUUGUGUCGCUCCCUGUUUGUUCUUGUGUGCUGUGCACUUGAGAGAGAGAGUGAGUGUUGUACAGUUCCUGUGCUCCCUACAAGGGAGGAACAAAAAAACUUUCUCUUUUUUUUGUGCUUGUUUUUGAGAAAACGUGAGAGUUUUGUGAAGGGCGCAGGCGCGGCAGUGCGAGGUGCCCGUUUUCUUUUCUUUUUUUUUCUUUCUUUCCCCCCAGUUUGGCAACAUUGAGCACACAAAAAGAUUCGCGACCCGAUCUCUCUCGGUCAACCCGGACUUGUGUCUGCCACGUGGGGGGGUGUAAGUGUUUGAGUAUUUUGUUUCCGAGGACUUUCGUGUUCGGACUGUCUGUUCGGCACACCGUGUGCUCAGUUUUACUCUCUCGGUUUCCGACACUGAGAGGGCGAGAAGAUAAAAAAGGCCAAGGAGAAAAAAAAAUGUUGCAAAAAAAAAACUGUCCUGUCUUGUCCCACGUCGAUGAAACGCUUUUACGUGUUAAGUAGUUUAUAGUGACAUAGAGGUAGAUCACUAGGGUUUAGAGUUUCGAUGACUAAAUGAGGCGACAGCACUUGACGAAAAAAAAAAGGCCGCCUGCCCACCACUUUGCAGCUGUUGAUGCACGACAGGUUGAUGAGGAGCAUCACCUUGUAAAUAGUAGAGUAGUAGGAUACCUCCAACUCUGGAAAAUCUCAAGAGGAAACACGGCUCCACUUCUCCUUUUUGAAGCGGGGGAACAUGUGUGUGACUGUGAACUGGUACUUUCUACGGUGGCGUCGAAUUUUGCUCCGCACGACCCACCGUUCGUGACGACUGUUCUUUUUCUUUUCUUUUUUACCUCACCCCGUUUGAGGUGAUGCCAGUCGAUCCGCGGUCUUGUAAAUAGUACACUUCUCUCGAGAGUGUGGUGUGGGCAGGUUUGUGCCAACUCUCCAGUGUUGAUGUGAAAUGAAAGACUUACAAACGUGUUUUUUUGUUACAAAGAAACGAGCAAGAAGCGCGGCCGCGGAGGAGACGCGUGCUCCGCUUGACUUGUUGGUGCUUUUCCCUGUGCUUCUCUUUUUGGCCCCCUGCUCUUCGUACGACAUUAGGGUUCCUUUCUUCUUCUUUUCUUUCUUUUCUUUUUUUUUUUAAAUACGUAGUUGUGUUGGAGCUCCUUUGUCAACACUUCUGUCUUUAUAGCUGCACACAGUUGUCCUCCCCCCUCCACCCCCCAUGCUUUUUUAGAAAAAAAACGAAGGUGUCCAUUGCACCUACCAAAGAAACGAGGAAAAAUGUGGCUAUUUUUUAUAACAUUUUACAUGAGGUCAUUGCCCUUCCUGCCACUUCUUCAGCUUCCCCCUUGCACAUAUUCCUUCAGAGUGUGAAAGGUAGCCCACGUGCUGUCAUGGUCAAGUCUGGUGCUUUGCUUUCAGUCUGAUUUCCUCUGCCAGUAUCUAACAUCCUGAUCACAGAUCCUUUUCUGUCCUUUGUGCAUGUGGACAUGCAAAGAUGGGUUCUUUGGGUUGGGGAGGGGGAGUUUCGAAGGUUCUUCUCUGCCCGUUUAUUUUACUACUAUAAUAGAGUAGCAAUUCUUUAGAUAAUUAAUAAAGAAGCGGUCCUCCUAGUAAGGAACAUAUUUGGCGGAUAUAUCGGGCAGCACACGUUAUCCCCCCUCGGCGCCCUCUAUCCGCCGUGCCGCGGGAUACGGUAGCAAAGAAGCGUCGGGACUAUUUUUUUACCACUCACUUUAUACAACAUUCCACCUUGCUUUUCAACGGCGACACUCAAGUUUUCUCGGUGUAAUCCUCCGAUAGCCUAGAACGAUAUUACAAGUACCGCAGUAUUAUGGGACAAAAAAAAAAAAGAAAGAGGGACACUUCAGCUCACGCAGUUGGAAACGACCAAAAUGUUACGAAUUUCUGCCUUACCGCUGUGCCAAAUGUUUUUUUGUGCACGUCGUUCCGUGUCCACGUGCUGUGACGGUCGCUCUCUCAGAAGGUGCUACGCGCUCUCGAACGACACGGUGUCGGGAAAAUCCGAGUCCCAACCCCCUCCUCACGCCCGUUGCGACGUCACAGUACGACGAAGUGCCUGUUGGACAUGUUCUAUCUUUCUAACUUGACCACAGGACCAAACUAGAAUCGGUGAAUUAAAAUUUUUCAAAAAGUAAAUAAAGAGAGAAAAGGUGCUUUCCCCCCCUAUCGAACGCGAAAGGAAGCGCCCGUUUUCGGGGCAGCAGAAGUCCUUCGGGGGUUGUGUUUGUGUAGCUCAUUUGUGUGCGUGCAUACGUGUGCGUUGGUUGGUCGGUACGUAAUGCUUUCUGCAAGGAGGGAGCUGAAGAACGGGCUAGGUUUGUUACACGUGUAUUCGAAUUGCGAUGGUUUUUAGCAAAGAUAACCAGAGGGCAGGGUUGUUCCCCCUUAUGUUCCUUCCAUAUCUCCGGAGACUACAAGGAAACGCUUGAGAAAAUGGGAGUGCAUUCUUCCCAGGCCCUGAGACGACCUGUGCUUUGAGUAGAGCAGCCUUGGGUCUUGUACGUCUCUCCGUUUCUUUUUUUUUGUUUUUUUUUUUUCUUUCUUCGCCUGCAGCAGGAGUAGCCUUAGCAUCACACUUAGCAGUGUUUCCUUUUUUUUUUUUUUUUUUUUACAUGUUGACUGUGCUUCUUCUGCUGAACAUGCAACUUUUCGUUCUUUCUUUCUCUCGCAAACGAGGCUGGCGGAGAAAACAAAAAUGCGGUUUAAAUCUUGUUGCCGAACAUUGCUGAACAGAGUAUACCUGUCUUCCGUCAGAUUACGACGUGGCUGACCCCUCCUACUUUAGGGAGGGAGCCCCCCCCCCCCUUUCUCUCUCUCUCUCUCUACUCUCAGGGUUUCCCGAUGCAGGCAGCGGCCGCAAAAAAAAAAAAAAACGCAGACUAGAAGUCUGUCACCCUCGUGUAACUCAAAGCAAGCAUCCUACGGGGGAGCUGUAACACUUUGUUUUUGUUUUUUGUUUUUGUUUUCAAGAUUUUUCCCGAAAAGGGGGACGUCGAAGUGGGCGCAAUGGGUGCUAACUGAGAACCUCUCAGACCUUCCCUCCCCUGCGCCGCAGGCCAGUUGUCCUUGUUGGUCCACCAGUUUGGACGGAACAUUUAGAAGGAAUUUAGAUGUAGAAAACCCCCGGCAACUUAGCGGGAAACCGGGCCCCCCCUCUCGUUCCCGUCGCAAUUUUUUUGGUAGGACGGGGGAGGGGCCUCCGGUUUCGUUCGGAUUCUCUUUCUUCUGUUUUGAAAUGGACCAGUAGUUGUUGUCGUGCGGCGAGAAGAAGAAGAAGAAAAAAAAAAGAUUGGAGUUAAAAUGUUGUUGCAGUGCCUUCGAAGUUAGUUGCUGAUCUACUUAGACGACGAGAACUCAUUUCCUUAGUUUCAUAUUGAGGUAGUUUCGAGGAGAAAAGUUAGGCAGGUGUUGAGACUUUUUCGGAUGAAACUUUUGGAACCAUUUUGGAAGGUGCAGCCACUCGGCAACUUUGUUGCGCACAUUACAUUCCCAAAGAUUAGAAGAAGAAGAAGAAAAAAAAGAAAUGGUCACUCAAAUUACAGCAGGUUUCUGGUCGGUUCUGACUACACACGUGACUUGAUGCAUGUUUGUUUGCCCUUGGCGGUCGAAGGGACUUUUGAGGACAUUUGUUGUACCUUCGUUGAAGGACUGCAGAAAACUUAUGCAAAUGUUUGACAUUCCAAACCUACACGAGUGUGACUCUUUAAGACCCAGUGCCGGGUGCUUUGGAAUGCGGCAAUGUUUUUGUCUUCCUUCCCCGAAAUAUUUUCUACGAUAUAGCAAACGGAACACAUAUCGAAUUAGAUAGAAAAAAGCCUACAAAUUUUCUUUCGAGAGGCCUCCGCCUUGCGGGGCCAGCCUCUCUUUUUUCCCAAAGGCGAGGAAAUUAUAAAUUCACCCCCCCCCCUCCCCCAGUGCAACAUUUGCAUUGCCCCGCAAAGCUACGGCACGGGGCGUACGCCGUUUUACAAAGUCCUACGCACGAGAGAGAAGGCACGUCCUCGUGGAAAAAAACGACAGCGGAGAAUAGCCCUGCAGACGGAAGUGCAUUUUUUAUUUUUUUUUAAUGCGUUCCUGGUAACGAUAGCGGUAUAGAGGUACCCCUUCAGUGUCGCCCUGCACUAGCAUCGACUACAUCUGACAUCGACAGACAUUUUUUGCGACGUUCUCUCUGCAGUGCAUUUUUCUCUCUGUUGUGCGUGAGAGGAGUGACGAGAAAAAAAAAGGAAACUGCUGCCUGGAUGUGACAACAAACGCUGUGAACUGUGCACAUCAGGGAUCUGGAUUUGUUCUUUGGCAAUGUGUGUGUGUGCGCGAACUGUGAACCCUUGAACUGAAGCACACGAGGCAUUGACACGCGACUUGUUUUUUUGUUUCAUGACGUGAUUUUUCAAGUUUUUUUUAAUUUUUUUAUCUCGUUGGAGGAGUUCGAGCACUCUUCCUUUGAUCCGUUUGUGUGUGUGGCUUGUCAGUGUUCAGUUUUAUCCCUCUAGCAGGGAAGUGUUUCUUUUCAACUUUUUUUUUUUUUUCAGAUUUUUUUUUUUUUUUACCUGGGUUGGACAUGAGAUGGAAGUUGACGGGACUUUUUUUUCUUUCACUUUGUCCUGACGCUUUCUUUCUUUUUUUUUUUUUUGUGAGCUGUAGAUUAUGACAAAGAUGAUCAUCAGGCUGUACUGUAGGAACUGUUCUGCUCCUCAUGCAAGGAUGGAGCGAAGGCAAAGGACAGAAUAGUGUUUUUAACACCCAGGGUUUAUGCUGUUUUUAAUUUGAAAAUUUUUUUAUUGUGAGGAAUAAAAUUUUGUUAAUGCA